CCUGAAAUGCUUUAGUCUUAAUUGUAGUUAUAGCAUGUGUGAUGCCAGUGACAAAACAUUUGCUUUCACUUGCCUUAAAAAUAGUGAUCUAUUUUAAUUAUCCAUUAUAAUCGUCUUAAUAAGCUUAUAAAGUAUAACACAGGUGAGGAAAUAUAUCACAAUCAAGGUUGCUUAUGCCUCCUUAGUCUGUUGCUCUUCCAUAUGUGUUAUGACACCAUUGCUAACUGCAUUUUUCACUUGCCAUUUUCCCACAGCCCUUCUCAGUCAUGCAGUGGGCCUUCUGCCAGGGAUGAAGCAGGGUGACACCAUGAAGGCGGUUUUGUCUGUAGAAGCUUCACUUAAUGCAGAAGUUGGAAGGGUGCAUUGCUUCCAAAAUCCGCUACCUUCAGGAAUACCAUAACCGAGUUCUCCAUAACAUUUACCCUGUACCCUCUGGAACUGACAUUGCAAAUACUUUGAAAUACUUUUCUCAGACGUUGUUGAGCAUUUUGUCCCGCACAGGGAAGAAGGAGAAUCAAGAUGCCUCCAAUUUGACAGUGCCCAUGACCAUGUGUCUUUUUCCUGUGCCAUUCCCACUCACCCCAUCUCUAAGACCACAGGUCAGUUCCAUCAACCCUACUGUUACUCGCUCCCUCCUUUACAGCGUCCUGCGAGAUGCUCCAUCUGAACGUGGCCAGCAAAGUCGUGAUGCUCAGUUAUCAGACUACCCAUCUUUGGACUAUCAAGGACUUUACGUGACACUGGUGACACUGCUGGAUCUAGUUCCCUUGCUACAACAUGGUCAACAUGAUCUUGGGCAAUCAAUUUUUUACACUACUACAUGCUUACUUCCUUUUCUCAAUGAUGAUAUUUUGAGUACUUUACCUUAUACAAUGAUUUCAACAUUAGCUACCUUUCCUCCAUUUCUACAUAAGGAUAUUAUAGAGUAUCUCAGCACAUCUUUUCUGCCUAUGGCUAUAUUGGGAUCCUCAAAAAGGGAAGGUGUUCCAGCCCAUGUCAAUCUAUCUGCAUCAUCAAUGCUAAUGAUUGCAAUGCAGUACACAUCAAACCCAGUGUAUCAUUGCCAGUUGUUGGAAUGCCUCAUGAAAUAUAAGCAAGAAGUAUGGAAAGAUCUGUUGUAUGUAAUAGCCUAUGGCCCAUCUCAAGUUAAACCUCCAGCAGUACAAAUGUUGUUUCACUACUGGCCCAAUUUAAAACCCCCUGGGGCAAUCAGUGAGUACAGAGGCCUGCAGUACACAGCCUGGAAUCCUAUUCAUUGCCAGCACAUUGAGUGCCAUAAUGCAAUUAACAAACCAGCUGUAAAGAUGUGCAUUGACCCUUCCUUGUCCGUGGCCUUGGGUGAUAAACCACCUCCCCUGUAUCUUUGUGAAGAAUGUAGCCAGAGAAUUGCAGGGGAUCACAGUGAAUGGUUGAUUGAUGUUCUUCUGCCACAAGCUGAAAUUUCUGCUAUAUGUCAGAAGAAGAACUGUAGCUCCCAUGUCAGGAGGGCUGUGGUCACCUGCUUCUCAGCAGGCUGCUGCGGCCGCCACGGCAACCGGCCGGUUCGCUACUGCAAGAGGUGCCAUUCGAACCAUCACAGCAGUGAAGUUGGGGCGGCAGCAGAAACCCACCUUUACCAGACCUCCCCACCCCCCAUCAACACCCGGGAGUGCGGGGCCGAGGAGCUGGUGUGCACUGUGGAAGCUGUCAUCAGCUUGCUGAAGGAAGCAGAGUUUCAUGCUGAGCAGAGGGAGCAUGAACUCAACCGCAGGAGGCAGAUGGGCCUCUCUUCUUCCCAUCACUCCUUGGACAACACAGACUUUGAUAAUAAAGAUGAUGACAAGCAUGAUCAGCGCCUCCUGAGCCAGUUUGGAAUCUGGUUCUUGGUGAGCCUUUGUACUCCCAGUGAGAAUACACCCACAGAGAGUUUAGCAAGGCUGGUUAGUAUGGUCUUCCAGUGGUUUCAUUCUACAGCUUAUAUGAUGGAUGAUGAAGUUGGUAGCCUGGUUGAAAAGCUUAAGCCCCAGUUUGUUACCAAGUGGCUGAAGACCGUCUGUGAUGUCCGGUUUGAUGUCAUGGUUAUGUGCCUCCUUCCCAAGCCAAUGGAGUUUGCCAGAGUUGGUGGAUACUGGGACAAAUCUUGUAGCGCUGUGACCCAGUUAAAAGAAGGUCUGAAUCGAAUCCUUUGCUUGAUUCCGUACAAUGUGAUAAGCCAGCCAGUAUGGGAGUGUAUAAUGCCGGAGUGGUUGGAAGCUAUAAGGACAGAAGUGCCUGAUAAUCAACUGAAAGAGUUCCGGGAAGUGUUAAGCAAAAUGUUUGAUAUUGAGCUUUGCCCUCUCCCUUUUUCUAUGGAAGAGAUGUUUGGCUUCAUUAGUUGUCGGUUCACAGGUUAUCCAUCCUCUGUGCAAGAGCAAGCGUUGCUUUGGCUGCAUGUGUUAUCUGAACUAGACAUUGUUGUCCCUCUUCAGUUACUAAUCAGCAUGUUUUCUGAUGGAGUUAAUUCUGUAAAAGAGUUAGCAAAUCAAAGAAAAUCAAGAGUCAGUGAAUUGUCAGGAAAUCUUGCAGCUCGGAGGGUAAGUGUUGCUUCUGACCCUGGCCGCCGAGUGCAGCACAACACGCUGAGUCCCUUCCCAAGCCCUUUCCAGAGCCCGUUUCGCAGCCCAUUACGAAGUCCUUUUCCCAGCCCCUUCAAAAACUUCGGACACCCCGGUGGAAAGACUAUUGACUUUGACUGUGAGGAUGAUGAGAUGAAUCUUAAUUGCUUCAUACUCAUGUUUGAUCUCAUCUUGAAGCAGAUGGAACUGCAAGAUGAUGGUGUCACUUUGGGCUUAGAGAACAGUAUUUCAAAAGAUAUAAUUUCCAUCAUAAACAAUGUGUUGCAGGCACCCUGGGGUGGUUCCCAUACCUGUCAAAAAGAUGAAAAAGCAGUUGAAUGUGGUCUGUGUCAAUCCAGUAUACUGUGUUACCAGCUGGGCUUUGAGCUGCUGGAACAGCUUGCUCCAAAAGAAGAAAUCAGACUUGUGGAGCCCACAGAUAACCUUGAGGAUAGUCUUCUGUAUACUAGACCUGAGUUUAUUAUAGGAACUGAAGGAGAAGAGGAAGAUAAAUCAGCACCAAAACAUGGAGAAAACCCAGGAAAUCACACAGAGACCACAGAAAACACUGCUAUAAAAAAUGACACGGAAAGAAAAUUUUGUUAUCAGCAACUCCCAGUCACCCUGAAGCUCAUAUAUACUAUACUGCAGGAAAUGUCAAGAUUUGAAGAGCCAGACAUUCUUUUUAAUAUGCUGAACUGUCUGAAGAUUCUGUGUCUUCAUGGAGAAUGCCUGUACAUAGCAAGAAAGGACCAUCCACAAUUUCUAGCCUAUAUUCAAAAUCACAUGCUGAUUGCAAGCUUAUGGGGAGUUGUGAAGUCUGAGUUCUCUCAGCUUUCUUCCCUGGCAGUCCCACUUCUUCUCCAUGCUCUUUCACUUCCCCAUGGAGCUGACAUAUUCUGGACAAUCAUAAACAGCAAUUUCAACAGCAAAGAUUGGAAAAUGAGGUUUGAAGCAGUGGAGAAGGUGGCUGUAUUGUGCAGGUUUUUGGAUAUUCACUCUGUGACCAAAAACCACCUACUGAAGUAUUCUUUGGCUCAUGCAUUCUGCUGUUUCCUGACUGCUGUGGAAGAUGUCAACCCAGCUGUAGCUACAAGAGCUGGACUAUUACUUGACACCAUAAAGAGGCCAGCUUUACAGGGUCUCUGCCUCUGCCUCGAUUUCCAGUUUGACACAGUUGUUAAGGACAGGCCCACAAUUCUUAGUAAGCUUUUGCUACUUCAUUUUCUCAAGGCAGAUAUUCCAGCUUUGAGCUGGGAGUUCUUUGUGAAUCGCUUUGAGACGCUGUCUCUGGAAGCACAGCUUCAUCUGGACUGCAACAAAGAAUUCCCUUUCCCAACAACUAUCACUGCUGUCCGGACAAAUGUCGCCAACCUCAGUGAUGCAGCAAUGUGGAAGAUCAAGAGGGCUCGUUUCGCACGUAAUCGUCAGAAGAGUGUGCGUUCCCUGAGGGACAGUGUGAAGGGACCAGUGGAGUCCAAGAGAGCGCUCUCCCUUCCAGAAACCUUAACCACCAAAAUUCCUGUCAGCUUGACCAGACAUGAGCAGUCUGCUCCGGCACUUGGUGGGACCCCAGACCAAACUCCAGGACAACCCUCCCCAGAGAAUGACAAUACAAUAAAAGAUCUGCUGCCAGAAGAUGCGGGGAUUGAUCACCAGACCGUCCACCAGCUGAUAACCGUGCUCAUGAAGUUCAUGGCAAAGGAUGAGAGCAGCGCCGAGUCGGACAUCAGCAGCGCCAAGGCUUUCAACACCGUCAAGCGCCACCUCUAUGUCCUGCUUGGCUACGAUCAGCAGGAAGGCUGCUUCAUGAUUGCGCCGCAGAAAAUGCGCGUGUCGACCUGCUUUAAUGCCUUUAUCGCCGGAAUAGCACAGGUGAUGGACUAUAACAUCAACCUUGGAAAGCACCUUCUUCCCUUGGUGGUGCAGGUGUUGAAAUACUGCACUUGCCCUCAGCUAAGGCAUUACUUCCAGCAGCCUCCUCGCUGCUCCCUUUGGUCCCUCAAGCCUCACAUUCGGCAGAUGUGGUUAAAGGCUUUACUUGUCAUCCUUUAUAAGUACCCCUACAGAGACUGUGAAAUCAGCAAGAUUGUACUUCACCUAAUCCACAUCACAGUCAAUACCCUCAAUGCUCAGUAUCACAGCUGCAAGCCCCAUGCAACUGCUGGUCCUUUGUAUAGUGACAACAGUAACAUAAGCCGAUACAGUGAAAAAGAAAAAGUGUGCAGCAAACUAUUCUUCCUGAAGAAGAAGAAUGCAAGGAGCACUCUGUCCUUUUAUGCAUCAGAGGAAGACAGUGUUUUUGAUGAAUCUGAUAUUCAUGAUACGCCAACUGGACCUUGCAAUAAAGAGUCUCAAACUUUCUUUGCAAGACUGAAAAGAAUUGGUGGCAGCAAAAUGGUGAAAUAUCAACCAGUUGAGAUGAAUGCUCAGAGAAGUGAAAUAGAGCUGGCUGAAUAUAGAGAGACGGGGGCCUUACAAGACAGUAUUCUACGCUGUGUGAGAGAAGAAAGCAUACAGAAAAAAAAACUGCGCUCUCUAAAACAAAAAUCUCUUGAUAUAGGGAAUGCAGACUCCCUGUUGUUUACAUUAGAUGAACAUCGUAGGAAGUCCUGCAUAGACCGAUGUGACUUAGAAAAACCACCUGUCCCUGCUGCGUACACCAUGCACAGACAGAAUGAUUAUGGACGACCUCGGCAGAAUUCUUCUACCAAAGCUGAAAAUACAGAAACACAGGAAACGCCCCCUCCUACAGAGAGUUUUCAGGAAAUACGACGACCUGUCAUACCAGAAGUCAGGUUAAAUUGCAUGGAAACCUAUGAAGUGAAAGUGGAUUCUCCUGUUAAACCUUCUGGUCCCAAGGAGGAUUUGGAUCUGAUAGAUUUGUCCUCCGACUCAACAUCAGGUCCUGAAAAGCAUUCAGUGCUCUCCACAUCAGACAGUGAUUCUCUAGUCUUUGAACCACUUCCUCCCCUUAGAAUAGUGGAGAGCGAUGAGGAAGAAGCAGCAAACCAGCUGAACGAGGAGGUCUCUGGCAAAACUGCUGUGUCGUCACCCUCAACUCCGAUAAAUGUGUCUGCUCUCAGCCUCAGCACAACUCCUCUGGUCCAGUUCAGCAUUGAAGAUUGCUCCAAAGACUUCAGUUCCAAGGAUGCAAGCAACAGUGCUUCCACAGGAAAGGAGGAGAUCCUUUCCCCUUCUCCCAGAGAUCGAAAGGACUCUUCAGAUUUAGCUAAGCCAGGGGAACUUCAGGAUGUGUCCUGUGGGAACUCGCUAACGCUGAAACAGAAAAGGGACCUGCUGCAGAAGUCAUUUGCCCUCCCGGAAAUGUCCCUCGAUGAUAAUUCUGAAUUCAGCGUGGAAGAAAUUAGACCUAGCGGAGCGAUGCCAAGCCCAAAUGUCAAAACAGUCCUUAUUAAAGUUCCUGAGGAUUCCGAAAACCAAAUAGAAAGUGAUAAACUUGACACCAAUGCAGAGUCUGACCCUGAACAAACUGUGGAGCAGAAGCAGGAAGAGGAGGCUGAGGAGUCUGAGUUUAAAAUCCAGAUUGUUCCCCGCCAGAGGAAGCAGAGGAAGAUCGCUGUGAGUGCGAUUCAGAGAGAAUACCUGGACAUUUCCUUUAACAUCCUAGAUAAGCUGGGAGAGCAGAAGGAGGCAGACCCUGCUGCAAAAGGACUGUCAACUCUGGAAAUGCCCAGAGAAUCAUCCUCUGCACCGACCCUGGAAGCAGGAGUGCCAGAGACAAGUAGUCACUCUUCCAUAUCAACUCAGUUCAGACAAAUGAAAAGAGGCUCUUUGGGAGCUCUGACAAUGAACCAGCUAAUGAAGAGACAGCUGGAACACCAGUCUAGUGCUCCCCACAAUAUCAGCACUUGGGAUACUGAGCAGAUACAGCAUGGGAAGCGGCUCUGCAAUGUCCCUGUUUGCCUAAACCCUGACCUGGAGGGACCCCCACUGAGAAUCAGAGGUGCAACAAAAUCCAGCUUGCUCUCAGCACCCAGUAUAGUCAGUAUGUUUGUUCCUGCACCAGAAGAAUUUGCUGAUGACCAGCCCACUGUGAUGACUGACAAGUGCCAUGAUUGUGGGGCUAUCCUUGAAGAAUAUGAUGAAGAAACACUAGGCCUGGCCAUAGUUGUGCUUUCCACAUUCAUUCACCUUAGUCCAGACUUGGCUGCACCUCUACUGUUGGACAUCAUGCAAUCUGUUGGAAGGUUGGCAUCAAGUACCAGUUUUUCUAAUCAAGCAGAAAGCAUGAUGAUCCCUGGAAAUGCUGCAGGUGUGGCCAAGCAGUUCCUCCGCUGCGUGUUCCAUCAGUUGGCCCCCAAUGGCAUCUUCCCCCAGCUCUUCCAGAGCAAUAUUAAAGAUGGAAGUUUUUUACGGACACUGGCCACAUCUCUCAUGGACUUCAGUGAGCUGAGUUCCAUUGCUGCUCUGAGCCAGCUGCUAGAGGGUUUAAAUAACAAAAAGAACUUACCAGCAGGGGGUGCAAUGCUCCGGUGUUUGGAAAAUAUUGCUACCUUUAUGGAAGCUUUGCCAAUGGAUUCGCCUAGCAACCUCUGGACCACGAUUAGUAAUCAGUUUCAGACUUUCCUUACCAAACUCCCCUGUGUUUUGCCACUUAAGUGUUCUUUAGACUCUAGCUUAAGAAUCAUGAUUUGCUUGUUGAAGAUACCAACCACUAGUGCCACCAGGAGUCUUCUGGAGCCAUUUUCAAAAUUACUAAGCUUUGUAAUUCAAAAUGCUAUCUUUACUCUGGCCUACCUGGUAGAACUGUGUGGUUUGUGCUACCGAGCCUUCACUAAGGAAAGAGAUAAGUUCUACCUGACCCGCAGUGUCAUCUUGGAGUUACUACAGGCACUCAAGUUAAAGUCACCCUUACCAGACAUGAAUCUACUGCUUUUGGUGCAGUUUGUUUGUGCAGAUGCUGGAACAAAAUUGGCUGAAUCAACAAUCUUGCAUAAACAGAUGAUUUCCUCUUUGCCUGGGUGUGGAACAGCUGCAAUGGAAUGCAUGAGGCAAUACGUUGGGGAAGUGCUGGAUUUCAUUGCAGAUAUGCAUACUUUAACCAAAUUAAAGAGUCACAUGAAGACAUGUUCACAGCCACUGCAUGAAGACACAUUUGGCGGGCAUCUGAAAGUUGGCUUAGCUCAGAUUGCUGCUAUGGAAAUUACACGAGGAAACCACAGAGACAACAAAGCUGUGAUCCGCUAUUUGCCUUGGCUAUACCAUCCUCCUUCUGCAAUGCAACAAGGGCCCAAAGAGUUCAUAGAAUGUGUGUCUCAUAUUCGUUUGCUGUCGUGGCUGCUCCUGGGGUCUUUGACACACAACGUUGUCUGUCCAAACUCUCCAUCAUCUUGCAUGCCUAUUCCCCUGGAUGCAGGCUCGCAAAUUGCAGACCACCUUAUUGUUAUUCUCAUUGGCUUUCCAGAGCAAUCAAAGACAUCUGUUCUACACAUGUGUUCCCUCUUCCAUGCGUUUAUAUUUGCCCAGCUCUGGACAGUGUAUUGUGAACAAACAGCAGUAGCUCCAACAGUCCAGAAUCAGAAUGAAUUUAGUUUUACAGCAAUCCUUACAGCACUGGAGUUCUGGAGCCGAGUGACACCUAGCAUCCUUCAGUUAAUGGCACAUAACAAAGUGAUGGUAGAAAUGGUGUGUCUGCAUGUGAUUAGUUUAAUGGAAGCUUUACAGGAAUGCAAUUCUACUAUCUUUGUCAAGCUCAUACCAAUGUGGUUGCCAAUGAUACAAUCAAAUCUAAAGCAUUUAUCUGCUGGACUCCAGCUGCGCCUUCAAGCCAUUCAGAGUAAUGUCAACCACCACAGCCUGAGGAUGCUACAAGGGCCAGGACAAAUGAGCAACAGCUCCUCCGUGCUCCGCAAGUGGCUACAGUGCACUCAGUUUAAAAUGGCUCAAGUGGAAAUUCAAUCGUCAGAGGCUGCAUCUCAGUUUUAUCCUUUAUGAUUCAUGUAGAUUUUUUCCAAAUGUCUGUUUGUUUUUUUUUAGUGUAGCAAUAACAGGGUUAAAGCUAUAAAACAGAAGUCCACUUUUGUAUAAAUCAGUAUACAGAAUAUAUACUGUAUCUAUACUUUUUAGCUUAGGACAAACUGUGUAAAAGCUUAUAAUGGAUGAAGCUAAGAGCCUGAUCCUGCCAGUUCUUAAUUACAUUUACUCAUUUUUGCUCCAAUGAGCAGAAUCAUUUGAUCAGGUCCUUAAGUCUGUAUUCGUGGUCAGGUAUUUGCAGGAUUGGACUCAAAUCUUUCAUGUUGUAGAUACCCUUCUGCU